AUGGCUAAAGUGCUGGAAAAGCUGCAGCUCAAACUGAACCUUCCCAGUUCACGUAUAAAUGAUAAUCAGCAUGCCUUUACAAGCAAACGAUCAACCGUGUCCGCACUCACCAACAUCUCGCAGAACUGGUUUAAUGUGACCGACAAUACGCAUAGCGCCAAAAAUGGAGUUCAUGCACUAUUCAUAGAUUUUCGCAAAGCGUUUGACCUUGUUGACCACGGAAUUCUACUUCGUAAGCUCGCAGAAAUGAAUGUAACCAAAGCCAUUUGGCUAUGGACACGUAGUUUUCUGGAAGAUAGAAGACAACAGGUCAAACUAGCAGGAACCCUAUCAUCGAACAAACCUUGUCCUGCAGGAGUCCCACAAGGUUCUGUGAUGUCCCCAGCUCUUUUUAAUAUUCACAUUAACGAUAUUGAGAACUCAAUCCCAGAUGGAUUAUCCAUAAAUAUAUGCAAAUACGCGGAUGAUUGUACACAGGACGAAGUGGUGUCACAAGGUUCAUCCAGCCAUAUGCAGGAGGCCCUUGAAGCAGUACAAGAAUGGUCUAAUAGGAACAAAAUGACGAUAAAAUCGAAGAAAACAAAAGAUAUGUGGAUAUGUUUUAACACAGCAAUACCGGCACCAGAACCAUUGGUCAUUGGAAACGAGGCAGUGGAAAGAGUAAUUUUUCAUAAACUGUUGGGUGUCUGGCAUCAAAACAAUUUGAAAUGGAACUGUCAUGUUAAGAACAUUGUAAGGAAAGCAAAUAAACGAAUGUUUAGUCUGAGAGAAUGCCGUAGAGCGAAUCUUCCUCCUGAGGUCGGUAUUACAUGUUAUGAAUCCAAGAUUAGACCUGUUUUAGAAUAUGCAGCUCCGAUAUGGGGUGGUUUACCACAAUAUCUCAUUGAUGAAAUAGAGAGCAUUCAAAAUAGAUGCAUCAAAAUCCUCGGCACAUCUCGGUGCAACUUUAAAACGCUAGAACAAAGAAGGGCACACCUAACUGUUAAGGAAUACCAAAGAAUUCUAAGUGAUCCGACCAACCCAUGUAAUAAACUUAUCCCCCAACCUUUUACACAUGAACACGAUCUAAGAACAACUAAUAAUCUACCAUAUGUUGUAUCGUAUACAAAAAGACACCGGCAAUCCUUUAUACCUAGAGCUAUAUCCCUUUUAAAACAGUCCUAA